AUGUUCUUUAUGUCAUUUUGCUUCCUCACCUUUUCCACUUCCUUAACAGUCAUCCAUAUGUUUUUAGUCAUCCAUAUGUUUUUAGUCAUCCAUAUGUUCUUUAGUGUCAUUAUUGUCAUCCAUGUUUUAGUCAUCCCUCAGUGUCCUUUUCCCUUUUUUAACAGUCAUCCAUAUGUUUUAGUCAUCCAUAUGUUUUUUAGUCAUCCAUAUGUUCUUUUAGUGUCAUUAUUGCUUCCUCACCUUUUCCCUUCCUUAACAUCAUCAUUAUAUGGCCCUCACCUUUCCUUCCUUAACAGUCAUCCAUAUAGUCAUCCAUAUGUUUUAGUCAUCCAUAUGUUUUUAGUCAUCCAUAUGUUCUUUAGUGUUCUUCCCUCACCUUUUCACUUCCUUAACAUCAUUAUUGCUUCUCUUUUUCACCAUGUCAUCCAUAUGUUCUUUAGUGUCAUCCAUAUAGCCCUCAUUAUUUUCCACUUCCUUAACAGUCAUCCAUAUUCAUCCAUAUGUUGUACUUCCUCCCCACCUUUUCCACUUUUAGUCAUCCAUAUGUUCUUUAGUGUCAUUAUUGCUUCCCUCACCUUUUCACUUCUUAACAGUCAUCCCUUUUUCAUCCAUAUGUUUUUGUCAUCCAUAUGUUCUUUAGUCAUCCAUAUGUUCUUUAGUGUCAUUAUUAUACCUUUUCUUUUAGUCAUCCAUAUGUUUUUAGUCAUCCAUAUGUUUUUAGUCAUCCAUAUGUUCUUUAUUGUUAUUGCUUCCCUCACCUUUUCCACUUCCUUAACAGUCAUCCAUAUGUUUUUAGUCAUCCAUAUGUUUUUAGUCAUCCAUAUGUUCUUUAGUGUCAUUAUUGCUUCCCUCACCUUUCCACUUCCUUAA